AUGGCGUAUGCCAACAGUCUACGCCCUUUUAAAGAAACUGUUUCGGAAGCCUUCAGACCUCUGAUUGGUCAGAAAGAUGUCAUAUCAUCUCCCCCAGCUCUCCAGAUUCACCAGAUCUCAGAAUGGACCCCAAACUGCUCCUGCUCCACCGGCGGCUCCUGCACCUGCUCCAGCUCCUGUGGCUGCAAGAACUGCAAAUGCACCUCCUGCAAGAAGAGCUGCUGCUCCUGCUGCCCUGUGGGCUGCUCCAAAUGUGCCCAGGGCUGUGUCUGUAAAGGUGCCUCGGGCAAGUGCACGUGCUGUGCCUGAAGUGAUGAACAGUGCUGCUACCCUCAGGUGUAAAUAUUUCCGGACCAACUCAGAGUCUUGCCGUACAGCUCCACCCAGUUUACUAAACCCAGUUUUCUACCAAAUAUGUGAAUAAUAAAAGCCUGUUUGAUUCUAAAAAGAAAGAAAGAAAGAAA